UAUCCAUUCACUCUCAACAUGUACUCCACUCCUCCCAAAGACGAGCUUUCUCUUUAUGAAUUUGAAACCUAUGCUUUGGACCGUCUGAGAGUCUUACGAGCAAUUGAAACCGCUCAUUUGCGCUUUAAACACAUUGGUGAUGUCGCUGCUGUCAAAUACAUUGACCCUGUGCUUACGUCCCAUCUCGAUCUUAAGCGCAACACUCUACUCAAUACAGUGGGACCAUCAGUUCUUUAUGAACAGCGCCGAAAAGAUCAUAUCAGUCAUUUUAUUUUGCGUAUGGCUUAUUGUCGCACAGAAGAUCUACGCCAAUGGUUCAUCAAACAAGAAAUGGCAUUGUUCAAAUAUAGGUUUGGCAUUGAGCAGCAAGUAGACAGGGAUGCAUUUAUUCAUCUUUCAAAUCUGGAUUUUACUGCAGUGUCAUUUGAAGAUAUGUGCAACAUGCAAGCCCAGCUUGCAGAUAUAGAUACCAUUCGUUCGCUCACAUUCUACAGAGUUUCUUUUGAGCAAGUGUGCGAGCUUGUUGGAAAACGAUCUGUAUUGCUGAUUCAAGGAAUGGCAUAUGUUCCAGAGCACGAACGAUCGGUACUUGUUGUGAAUGCAUUCAAGGACCAACUUACCGCUCAUUUGAUUGCUGCGGCAAAAGCAUUACCUCGGCUGGAUGAAGAUGAUCGUCUUGUGCCUAUCCUCAAUUCGCUUGCCAAACAAUACUUGAGUAAUGAGUAUACACCGAGCGGAAAAGUUUCCAAAGAUGUCGGUCACGAAGAUAUCGAUGGGUUGGCGGUGCACUUUCCACCCUGUAUGCAAUCUCUGCACUCUUCACUUAAACAAACUUCUCAUCUCAAGCAUCAAGGACGAUUGCAACUUGGCCUGUUUCUCAAAGGCAUUGGCCUCUCGUUGGGAGAAGCACUCAUCUUUUGGCGCAAAUCCUUUCAUCGUAUGUCGGAUGAUGAAUUUAGUAAAAAAGGUUAUCUAUACAAUGUGCGAUACAAUUAUGGACAGGAGGGUAAGCGUACGAAUUAUACCCCAUACUCGUGUGUCAAAAUUAUUACAGGGGCUCAGCCUGGAGCUGGAGAUGCUCAUGGAUGUCCAUUCCGACACUUUUCGCAAGAAAGCUUGGGGACUAUGAUGCAGCGGUUGAAAGUGGAUGGAGCCAACGCUCAAGAAGUGUUGCAAACUGCCAAAAAUGGACAUUAUCAGAUUGCGUGCACAAAGUUAUUUGAACUGACGAGAGGACACGUU